UCUUUCUUAGCGCCGUUUUAGCUCCAACAACGAUGGUAGAAGAAGCUCCAGCACCGGCCAGCUCGGCCCCCGCCAAGGCUCCUAAAAAGAAGACCGCGGCCAAACCCAAGAAAGCGGGUCCCAGCGUCGGCGAGCUGAUCGUCAAAGCUGUUUCCGCUUCCAAGGAGAGGAGCGGCGUGUCCCUGGCCGCCCUGAAGAAAGCUCUGUCUGCAGGUGGAUACGACGUGGAGAAGAACAACUCCCGCCUCAAACUCGCCGUCAAAAGCCUGGUGACCAAGGGCACCCUGGUGCAGACCAAGGGCACCGGCGCCUCAGGAUCUUUCAAGCUCAACAAGAAGCAGACCGAGGCGAAGAAGCCCGCGGUCAAAAAAGCCGCCGCUCCUAAAGUGAAAAAGGCCGCAAAGAAACCCGCCGCUGCAAAGAAGCCCAAGAAGGUAACAGCCAAGAAACCCGCCGCUAAGAAGUCCCCCAAGAAGGCCAAGAAACCCGCUGCUGCCGCUAAGAAAGCCACCAAGAGCCCUAAGAAGGCUAAGAAGCCGGCGACCCCCAAGAAGGCAGCCAAGAGUCCUAAAAAAGCCAAGGCAGCCAAACCGAAGACCGCUAAGCCCAAAGCGGUCAAGGCCAAAAAAGCUGCACCCAAGAAGAAGUAAACAUGUUCCUGUUUUAUUACUUUUGUUUUAUUAAAACGGCUCUUUUAAGAGCCACUUA